AUGGACCACGGCGCGUCGCGCGGGUACAACUACCCCGAACCCCACGUCGGCGCCACGCGGCACGCCCCGCACGCGCCCGCGAACGACGGCGUCGGCGGUUGGCGAAUCGCCGACGGCCCGCUGGCGUCCAUGCCGUACGCGCGGGACGCCACCUUCGUCGAGAUCGGCAGGGGCGCGGGGGAUUACGCCAGGGCCAAGGGGAUGAUGCGGCGGUGGGGGCACUUCCAGCUUGGAUGGUCCGAGGUGGCCCCGGACACCGGCGUGAAGGAGGGCGAUCUCGUGUGCGUCUGCGCCAACGUCGCGGGGGUGUGGAUCCGCAACCCGCUGCGGGUGGUGUACGCGGAGGAGGCCGGGGCGACGGGGCGGCGGGGCGGCGGGGCGGGGGGGAAGAACGACGGGUUCUCGUUCGCGCACGGCUGCCUCGGCGGGCACCUGCUGUCAGGGGAGGAAUCGUUCAUCUUGGAGCGACGCUCGGACGACAGCGUGUGGUACGGAGUGCGCACGUUCUCGAGGCCGGCGCACCCGCUCGCGCUCGCGUCGUACCCGAUCGUGAGAGCGCUGCAGCGAAGGUUCGCGAGGGACAGCACGCGCGCGAUGGCGGAGGGGAUGGCGGAGGGCGGGGUGAGAAGCGCGUGA